GGCAGGGGCCGGCGAUGAACGGCGCCGCCGAGAGCGAUGGCGGCGGCGGCUACAAGCGGCGCUACCGGGCCCUGAAGCGGCGACUGAAGCUGCUCCUCUACGAGCAGGAAUGCUUCCAGGAGGAGCUGCGCAGGGCCCAACGCAAGCUCCUGAAGGUCUCCCGGGACAAAAGCUUCCUCCUGGACAGGCUCCUGCAGUACGAGGCUGUGGAUGAUGAUUCCUCAGAUUCGGAGGCCACAGCCUCCUCGGAGAACAGCGACGGGGAAGGGGCCAAGGGGGCCGAGGCGCCGCCGGCCAAGAGGAAGCGCAGCCCCUCCCCAGCCACACCCUCUUUCCCCUCUGCCACACCCACUCCAUAUAUGGUUCCCUCCCCCCCUUCCAGCCCUUUCCCUGCCCAAUACCUGGCCCCAGAGGGGCCACGCCCAGCCCGGCCACGCCCUGGCCCUACCCGCAGGCCACAGAAGGGAGCAAGGAGGCUGCAGCUCCCCUUGGCCCCUCCCCUGCCUUUCCCGGGGGGGCGUGUCUGCGGCGGGCCCCUCCCCUCGCCGGCGCCGGCCCCGCCCAAGGCCCCGCCCCCGGUGCCCAGCACCGUCCCCAAGCGGCUGCUGAGCGACGGCGGCGACGGCAGCGACCAGGACGGGCUGGACGGCGACGACGAGCUGGUGAUUGACAUCCCCGACGGCUGACCC